AUGCUCAAGUCAGGUAUUUGGCUCUACAUUUAUGCCACGGCUGCAGAGACGUGGACCGAACGGCGUCGGAGUGUUCGGGAUCCACAAUAUCUGGAUUUUCAAAGCCAGUAUAGGCCGGAAGUGCGAGAGCCAGCGGAUAUCAAAAGGCAUAUCGAAGCGGUCGAGAAGAAAACCAUAGAGGCUCUGCCGCGGAUCAAGAAGCAGGGGUUGUUGAGAAGAGAGUGGGUUCCACCGAUGUUUAAAGGCACGGAAUGGAAGGUGAGGCAUCCGGGAGGCGGAUCCUUAGGUGGAUUUCGGCGGAGAGAUGUCCUUGAAUGGAAUCGUCAAGCUAGAGUGGAUAGCUUAACACUUAACACCAUAGUAGAACAACCAACAAGGAAUCGCAUCGUAGCCAUGGGCAUGCUGCUCGUUUGUGGAAGUUACUGCUCGGAUGAAGACAAGUUCGGCCAUGAUAAACGUUGUCCAAUUUGUCUGCUGGACCGAGUAACGGGAGACUGGGAUGAGCAUAGGAAGCAUGAGAAGAGUGUAGAGAAUACGGGUUCGGAGAAGACGAGUCCGGGUUCCUUCAUGGAUCAGGACCCGCAUGUAUUGCGAAUCAAGCUUACGAGAAUGGGAGUUCUUGCCAUUCCAGCAACAGCAAAGCUAAAUUCUCACGCCCGACGAGAGAGUGAACUUGGCACUGGCUUCAACGAGGCUCUCAAGAUUCAAAGACGGAGACGGAGAUCAAACGGGUUCAAAAGGCAACGUGCGGCUUCUCCACUCAAGAAAUAUGUGGAGAAGGUCUUCACCUCCAAGAGUUCGGCCCCAGAAAAUGCGAGGACACGCGACAUGUCUCUGAACAGCCAGCUGAGCGGAGAACAAGUCACGAGACCUGCCAACUGCUUUGUGGAAAAUGUCAACAUUUUGUUUGACAGCGAGACAAUUAGCUAUGAUUCAGAAGAAUAUUGGAUUGCGUUGCUUUUUCUUGGUGGCCCCUCGAAACAGUCCAGGAGGCUGGCCUUUUACGGAUGGGAUCUGCGACACACAUGA